AUGCAACCAUGUGUUAUUAGCGAGAACAAAACAAGCUGAAGGAUUUCUCAUGUUGAUGCUAUGUCAACAUUCUGAUCUAUGUGAGUUUUGAAAUAAGCUGAUACAUUGAAGAAGAAGUCUACGGUGCCUCACUAGGAUGCUUAGGACGAUUCAUUGGCGUAGAGCAUAAGAUUCGAUUCGGCGCCAGUCGGUCGCGCGAGCCGAAACAAGAGUCUUCGAGUCAGACUGAGUUCAACCAGUUCAUUGUGUGCAUUCACGACAAUACAAUAGUUGUUGUAACAGGGCUUGUGGUGUUACAAACCCGGGCUCAGAGUCACAGUGAACUGGUGCCGUGAACCCUAGCGGUAAUAGGUCUGGAAGGGUUUACCUGCAAUACCAGAUCGCCAGAUGAAUAAUAUUCAACAUUCAAGGGAGAUAAUUUGGACAGCUCUGUUCAUAGUACCGUACUUCCUCAUGUGAAAGUUAAAUCUUUACCUAAGCCAAAGCACAAGGAAGGUGCGAAUGCAACGAGACACAGUGAUGUUGGAUACAAGCAGGAUUCACCAUGUCUGGGUGUGUCCAUCCUAUGUACUUAAACCAACCCAGUGACAAGUCCCGAAGGAAUCCAGUUGACAAAGCAUAGAACAUUGGGAAAAAAUACAAAUGAUACAGAUACAAGCAGAUGUCACUGACCCUGUUCACUGUAAUUGCCUUCUGAUGCCACAAUAGUGUUUACUGACAAAUUCAGUUCAAUAUUUGCAGAACUGCCAAUGUAUCCUGAUAGUCCUCGAAAUCCAAAUGACACACCUGGCAACAACCUCCGAACAAGUUAAUGAACUAGUCACCACAGGAAACAAUUCAGAGUCCCUAGGAAAGAAUUCAGCAUCUAAAGAGAUUGUUGAAUGUUUCCCUUGCGGGAACUGUUUUUCUAAAGACAAAAGCCUAAAAAAACAAGUCGAAAGAAUGCAUGGAAAGACGCCUUGGACAUGUGGAAUCUGUGAAAUGGAGUUCUGUGCUGCUAGUCCACUGCAGGACCAUAUGCACAGCCACACGGGACAGAGGCCACACAUAUGUCAGCUUUGUGGAAGCUCUUUCGCGAAGGUUGGUAAUCUGAAACGUCAUGAGAAGAUACACUCAGGGGAGAAGCCCUUUAAGUGUGAGUUGUGUGAAAAAGCUUUUCCCUAUGCUGUGGAACUGAGGCGCCAUGUGAGAACCCACACGAAAGAACGACCUUACAAGUGCGUGAUCUGUGAGAAGAGUUUUUCGGAGUCUUGCCACGUGCAGAGACAUAUGGUCACACACACAGGGUAUAAGCCGUUCCAGUGUGACGUGUGUGAUAGAACGUUCGCCCAGUUCGACAACCUUAAACAACAUAUGAGCACUCACACUGGCACCAAGCCUCACAAAUGCAGCCUUUGUGAGAAGUCCUUUGCGAGAAUGGGCGAUGUGAAAAAACAUAUGCGUGUACACACGGGAGAACGUCCCUUUAAGUGUAACACCUGUGACAAGAGUUUCUCCGUUAGCAGUUCACUACACAAGCAUGUGAGAGUGCACUCUGGUGAGAGACCCUACCAGUGCGAGAUGUGUGAGAAGACCUUCGCUCUCAACUGUAACCUUAAGAAACACAUACGGACACACCUGAAAGAGAAACCAUUCAAGUGUGGGAUAUGUCAAGCUGACUUCCUCAAGGCAGGCGAACUCGAGGGUCACAUGUUUUCUCAUAAACCAGUAGCAGAGUAAGUUAGUGAUCAUGGUGAAGUGACAACACGGUUGUGAAUGACUUCAUGAUAGAUAUUGUACCAGGAUUUGAUGAACUUGAUCAAGAGGGGAAAAUGACUUGUUUCAUCUGCACUCACUUAAUAAUGAGUACAUUUUGCAAAAAUAGUAAACAUGUAAAGGGAGACAUGUUCCAAUUGCUAGGUCUGGAUCUCGUCAUUUGUGUCUUACGUGAACCUGAUGUAAUGUAAUUAGGGUAAGUGUAAGCUUCAUAUACAUAAAACAAUUUGAAAUAGUAGACAGACAAGGCAGUGUUAUAAUGGAUGGCUUGCAUCAAAAUUGCUUGGUCUGCUAAUUACCAAGCCUAGUCUCCCUUUAGCGUAAGAGAAUGUCCACUCGCCUGAAGGAUACCGUAGGGAUGAGAGCCUAAUAUUCUCCCUGGUAACAGAAUAGGGCAAGGGACUAAGAACAAGACUUUUGUUGGUAUGAGUAACAAUGUGUUGCUGUUUGGCACUGUCCGGUAUCUUGUCAGGUGUUGUGAUACAACUAAACGUGAGAACACAGUCCCAGGAGUGAGGUGACACUUGUCCAACAUGGCCAAAGCCUGAGUCUUUUCAAAUCUUUUUACUUUCAGUAAGUAUUGUAAGCUUCGCUAAUACUAGUUGUGUAUUGAUACUUAAUAAUAUUGAAAAUGUCCGACAUGUUUGGUCAAGUAGGUCAAAUGUUCCGCACAAGUGGCAUGCUGUCAAGGAGUUGUGAGUAAAUGGGGUUUUAUCUUCUUUAGUAGUAUUGCAGCAAUGGUUACAGGGACACCAGGAAUGGGCUUCACACAAGGACUGUAUGUGGGGAACCAAAUUUAGAUAGUGAUGUUACUCCAUAUUUAUAAGAUAUUGCAAAAUGAAUUGUGUUUGCUGUAAUCUGAUUGGAUUCCAGAAAUCUUUUGGACUUUUCGCUGCUUUUAAAUGCCUUGUCUGUAUCAUGACGUCAUCGAUUGUUUCAUGUCGUCAUCCAUUGUAUCAUGGUGUCAUCAAUCAUAUCAUAGCAUCAAUCAUUGUAUCAUAACACAUGGCAUUUCAGAGUGACGUCAUGUCGGUCUGUGGAGUUCAUGAAGAGAGAGAGAGAGAGAGAGAGAGAGAGAGAGAGAGAGAGAGAGAGAGAGAGAGAGAGAGAGAGAGAGAGAGAGAGAGAGAGAGAGAGAGAGAGAGAGAGAGAGAGUCCUAUGGAAGCUCACUGAUAAAUGUUGUAAUUUGCGUUAAACAUGUGUUUUCAGAUUUGCGGGGGCUAUUGAUUAUUCUAUCAUUCAGUGGUUCCAAAUGCAAUAUCCAGAUCAAAUACUCCAAACACCUGCAUAUCUGAAAAUACAUGGUGUUUAUCUCUUAUGUAUUAAAUAACAUGGACUUUGUACAUUUGUCUGCAUCAUCAUGAUCAUUGAGAAGCAUGUUGAACAUGUUAAAUAGGGGUAAUAAAUAUUCAAUUACU